CUGUGGAAGAACGCAGCCCGGCAAGUCCGGGCCGUGAGCCUGGACCCUCAGUGGAGCUGGGCAGCACCGCCGUCGCUUCCCCUCGCCGGACAUCCCCACCUACUACACUCUCAGCCUCCGCUGGAGAGACCCCCAGCCCCACCAUUCAGCGCGCAAGAUACCCUCCAGAUAUGCCCUGCGUGCAAGCCCAGUAUAGCCCUUCACCUCCAGGUUCCAGUUAUGCAGCCCAGACCUAUGGCUCGGAAUACACCACAGAGAUCAUGAACCCCGACUACACCAAGCUGACAAUGGACCUUGGCAGCACCGAGAUCACGGCCACGGCCACCACGUCCCUGCCCAGCUUCAGUACCUUCAUGGAAGGCUACUCGAGCAGCUACGAACUCAAGCCCUCCUGCCUGUACCAAAUGCAGCCGUCCGGGCCGCGGCCUUUGAUCAAGAUGGAAGAGGGGCGCGCGCACGGCUACCACCAUCACCACCACCAUCACCACCACCAUCAUCACCAUCACCAGCAGCAACAGCAGCAGCAGCAGCCAUCCAUUCCUCCCCCUUCCGGCCCGGAGGACGAGGUGCUGCCCAGCACCUCCAUGUACUUCAAGCAGUCCCCGCCGUCCACCCCCACCACGCCGGGCUUCCCCCCGCAGGCAGGGGCGCUGUGGGACGACGCGCUGCCCUCGGCGCCCGGCUGCAUCGCGCCCGAUAUGCCCUGCGUGCAAGCCCAGUAUAGCCCUUCACCUCCAGGUUCCAGUUAUGCAGCCCAGACCUAUGGCUCGGAAUACACCACAGAGAUCAUGAACCCCGACUACACCAAGCUGACAAUGGACCUUGGCAGCACCGAGAUCACGGCCACGGCCACCACGUCCCUGCCCAGCUUCAGUACCUUCAUGGAAGGCUACUCGAGCAGCUACGAACUCAAGCCCUCCUGCCUGACGGCCGCCGCCGCCCUGAGCCUGCCGCUGGGUGCCGCCGCCGCCGCCGGCAGCCAGGCCGCCGCGCUUGAGGGCCACCCGUACGGGCUGCCGCUGGCCAAGAGGGCGGCCGCGCUGGCCUUCCCGCCGCUCGGCCUCACGGCCUCCCCUACCGCGUCCAGCCUGCUGGGCGAGAGUCCCAGCCUGCCCCUGCCGUCGCCGCCCAACAGGAGCUCGUCGUCGGGCGAGGGCACGUGCGCCGUGUGCGGGGACAACGCUGCCUGCCAGCACUACGGUGUGCGCACCUGUGAGGGCUGCAAGGGCUUCUUCAAGAGAACGGUGCAGAAAAAUGCAAAAUAUGUUUGCCUGGCAAAUAAAAACUGCCCAGUAGACAAGAGACGUCGAAACCGAUGUCAGUACUGUCGAUUUCAGAAGUGUCUCAGUGUUGGAAUGGUUAAAGAAGUUGUCCGUACAGAUAGUCUAAAAGGAAGGAGAGGUCGGCUGCCUUCCAAACCAAAGAGCCCAUUACAACAGGAACCUUCUCAGCCCUCUCCACCUUCUCCUCCGAUCUGUAUGAUGAAUGCCCUUGUCCGAGCUUUAACAGACUCCACACCCAGAGAUCUUGAUUAUUCCAGAUACUGCCCCACUGACCAGGCCUCUGCAGGCACGGAUGCUGAGCAUGUGCAACAGUUCUACAACCUUCUGACAGCCUCCAUUGAUGUAUCCAGAAGCUGGGCAGAAAAGAUCCCAGGAUUUACUGAUCUCCCCAAAGAAGAUCAGACAUUACUUAUAGAAUCAGCCUUUUUGGAGCUGUUUGUUCUCAGACUUUCCAUCAGGUCAAACACUGCUGAAGAUAAGUUUGUGUUCUGCAAUGGACUUGUCCUGCAUCGACUUCAGUGCCUUCGUGGAUUUGGGGAGUGGCUCGACUCCAUUAAAGACUUUUCCUUAAAUUUGCAGAGCCUGAACCUUGAUAUCCAAGCCUUAGCCUGCCUGUCAGCACUGAGCAUGAUCACAGAACGACAUGGGUUAAAAGAACCAAAGAGAGUGGAGGAGCUAUGCAGCAAGAUCACAAGCAGUUUAAAAGACCACCAGAGUAAGGGACAGGCUCUGGAGCCUACCGAGUCCAAGGUCCGGGGUGCCCUGGUAGAACUGAGGAAGAUCUGCACCCUGGGCCUCCAGCGCAUCUUCUAUCUGAAGCUGGAAGACUUGGUGUCUCCACCUUCCAUCAUCGACAAGCUCUUCCUGGACACCCUACCUUUCUAA